GAUGCGAAUACGCAGUUGAAUGUUGAUAUUUGGACCAGACCAGACAAGUAUAUAAAGGAUAGGACAUAUCAUCUUCCAUCGACGAUAUCAAACCAGUCAAGCUCAACCUCAUCUCACCAUCUUGACAACCAACCGGCCACCAACACCAUCCCAUCCAACAUUUUUCACACCACACAAUGUCUCUCAACAUGAAGUCCCUCUCCCUCCUCGCCGUGGCCUCCCUCGUCUCCGCAGGCGUCACCAACACCAACCUGCAAACCACCUUCCCCACCCCCUCCGGCACCACCGCCCUCCCCGCCGUCAAGACCAUCGCGGCCGGCGGCAGCUUCGACGGCGGUAUGUACCAAUGGGACCGCUCGCCGUCGACCUGCAACCAACAGUCCGAGGGUGGCGACAAGGACGCCGUGUUCAUUCUGGAGGACGGCGCCACGCUGAGCAACGUGGUGAUUGGUCCCAACAACGGCGAGGGCGUGCAUUGUAAGGGGAGGUGUACUUUGAACAACAUCUGGUGGACAGACGUCUGCGAAGACGCCGCCACAUUCAAGCAAUCCUCUGGCACCUCCUACGUCAACGGCGGCGGCGCGCGUCACGCGAGCGACAAGGUCCUGCAGCACAACGGCGGCGGCACCGUGGCCGUCAAGAAUUUCUAUGCUACCGACAUUGGCAAGCUGUACCGCUCGUGCGGCAACUGCAAGACGCAGCACCAGCGGUCGUCGACUUUUACCAAUGUCCAUGUCGAGGGCGCCAAGGUGGUCGCCGGCGUGAAUGCCAACUAUGGCGAUAAGACCACCAUCAAGAACUCGUGCAUCAAGGACUCGAGCGUCUGCUGGCUGUAUGAGGGUACCAGCAACAACAGCAAGGAGCCCAAGAAGAUUGGUAGCGGACCGAGCGGAACUGCUUGUGCUGUUGCGGCGCUCAAGACUUCUGGGUGCUAAGAGGGGGGUGUCGAGGGCUGAAUGGAGCUGGAUGUUUGGUAUGAGGUAAUGCCGUUAACAAGGAACGGAAGUUGUAUAUGUGGGACGGAUGUUGGUGGCAGGAUGAUUCUCUUCUUUUUGGAGAGACCAGUAGGUCUCGGUCUUCAAAACGCUGUACACAUGUCAAAUCGUUUUGCGAUGGAGACGGACAGCACCUUGUAAAUAAUUCAUUCGUACUGAGUACAUACCAUUUUGAAA